GAGUGCGUAGUCGUUCCUCGUUAGAGCCGACCCAUUCGUGUUGCAACGUGGCUCUACCACGUACAAAGAUAAAAUAAAAAAAUUCGCGAUGUUUUUGGGAGGUUUUGAAGACAUACUAAGCCAGCAAGCAGGCGAUGACGUUUGACGAUAGUAUCCUCAUUUAUCAAAGUGCCUAAAGAAUAUAUUAAUUUCUACGGCAAGUCGCCUAAGCGGAAAAAAAAAAACUUGAAGUUUUGUGUAUAUCACUAAAAACAAUUUACAAUCAUAGUCAUUAGUCAUAUAGUACACAAAAUCGCAUCACUUACCUAUCAAAAUCCAUAUCAAAUUAUUACCCAUUUAAACGUUAUUACAGGAGCAGUAAUCUACCUGCUGUCAAAUUCCGGCCAAAACUCCGAAAUUUAAAUUAUUAAAGUUUUUACCAGCUUCAUUUUUAGUUUAAAGUUCAGAUUUAAAGGUUUAUAGGGUUUGAAAUCAACUUAGGGUAAGAAAAUUCGGAAGAAGGUACCGAUUUUUAACGAAAUCGAAAUCGGAAAUACAAAGGCAUUUGUUUGAGUUUUAAUGAUAUUCAUUAAUAAACACUAAAUUUACCAACAAUGCUUAAAGAAAUUUACGUUAUGUAUUAUACCAAUAAUACAACUUUUUUAUAAAAUACAUUCAUUUUUUCUUAUUGGCAAGCUGUAUCAAUUGGCAAAUUUUCAAAUAUUUAAAUAUAGAACAAUUUGCUCUCUGCAUAGAAUCGUAGGUUAUAGGAAGACUUGACUCUUCUAAAUUUCAUCGCUUGUCGUGUUAGUGUGCAGUGAAUUAUAACAACAAGAAAACUUGAAAACAACUUUCGUAAUUCGCACCACUAGAACUCACCCUGCGCCACUACGUCUUUACUGUUGCGCGCGCCGCGCCCUGCGCUCCUCUAUCUCUAAUACGCAAGUCCGUAUAUUAUCGUAUCGGCGAGAAGUUUUCCACGAAGGGCAAUUCAAGAUCACAUACGAUUUUACACCUGACGUACUUUAGCAAAAAAUCGUUAUAUUACACCACUGUGAAUAUGGUGUGGUCAACAGUAUACGACGGUAAAACUGAGUCCGGCUCCGCGGAGAAGCCCAGUCAGCAGAUGGCGGCUGCCGACGUGGGUUCACAACUGCAGCACAUGUGCAGCCUCGAUAUCGACUCCAAGGCUUCGUAUGUUCGGCUUUCUGGCAUCAUUUGUACAAUUGGUCCCGUCUCCCGCGAUGUGGCUAUGUUGGAGAAGAUGAUGGAAACGGGCAUGAAUGUAGCCCGAAUGAACUUCUCACACGGCUCACACGAGUACCACGCGGAGACCAUCAAGAACUGCCGUGAGGCCGAGAAGAACUACAGCGCCAAGCUCGGCAUGCCCUUCUCCUUGGCCAUCGCACUCGACACCAAAGGUCCUGAGAUCAGGACUGGGCUUCUUGAGGGUGGUGGCUCCGCAGAGGUGGAACUGAAAAAGGGCGGAACCAUCAAUCUGACCACCGACCCCUCUUACCAAGAGCGAGGCAACGCUUCCACCAUCUACGUCGACUACAAGAACAUUACCCAAGUGGUAAAGCCCGGCAACAAGAUCUUCAUUGAUGAUGGCCUUAUUUCAGUGGUCUGCCAGUCCUCCACCGCUGACACUUUGGUCUGCACCAUUGAAAAUGGAGGUAUGUUGGGAUCGAGGAAGGGUGUAAAUUUGCCCGGUCUACCUGUUGACUUGCCAGCCGUGUCAGAGAAGGAUAAGUCUGAUCUUCUCUUCGGUGUAGAACAAGGCGUUGACAUGAUUUUCGCGUCAUUCAUCCGCAAUGGUGAAGCUCUACAGGAAAUCCGCAGCAUCCUGGGUGAGAAGGGCAAGAAUAUCAAGAUUAUCUCCAAGAUCGAGAACCACCAGGGCAUGGUCAAUUUGGACGAGAUCAUCGCUGCUUCAGAUGGCAUCAUGGUAGCCCGUGGUGAUCUUGGAAUUGAGAUCCCACCGGAGAAGGUGUUCCUCGCGCAGAAGACCAUGAUUGCUCGCUGCAACCGAGUUGGAAAACCAGUAAUUUGCGCUACUCAAAUGUUGGAGUCCAUGGUUAAGAAGCCACGCCCAACUCGUGCGGAGACUUCAGACGUCGCUAAUGCUAUUUUGGACGGUGCGGACUGUGUCAUGUUGUCUGGAGAGACCGCUAAGGGAGACUAUCCUUUGGAAUGUGUCCUCACUAUGGCCAACAUUUGCAAAGAGGCCGAGGCUGCUAUCUGGCAUAAGCAGUUGUUCACUGACCUGGUUACACAGGUGAAAGGGCCCAUCGAGCCGGCGCACUCUGUGGCGAUAGCGGCGGUGGAGGCGGCGAGCAAGUGUAUGGCGUCGGCCAUAGUAGUGAUUACGACGAGCGGGCGCUCUGCGCACCUGCUCAGCAAGUACCGGCCGCGCUGCCCCGUCAUCGCUGUCACGCGCCAGCCGCAGACAGCGCGCCAGGCGCACCUGUACCGCGGCGUGCUGCCCAUCGUCUACAAAGAGGCGGCGGCGGGCGACUGGCUGAAGGACGUGGACCUGCGCGUGCAGUACGGGCUGCAGUUCGGGCGCGAGCGCGGCUUCGUGCGGCGCGGCGACCAGGUGGUGGUGGUGACGGGCUGGCGCCAGGGCUCCGGCUUCACCAACACCAUGCGCGUCAUCCCCGUGGAAUAAGCCGAAGUGAAGGAUUUACGAAGAAUGUUUCCUCAAGUAUUAGUGCUUAUAGCAGUGAUAUAAAAUAUGAUCUUUUACACGUUUCUCUCGUGAUAUAAUAUGUAUAUAUUAAAUAUAUCUGAUGUAAAUGUUUCUCAAAAUUAAACUUAUCGCUAGUAUAAUGUUCUAUUUAUUUGUGAGAUUUAUUUAAAAUUACUGAGAACCGUAAAUAAAAGAAUGAAAUAUUUUAAGGUUUUUUUUUAUUUGUGCUUUCAACUUUCUAUCUUUGAGAUAAUUAAAAGAACCGAAAUUAAUUAAAUUAAAGAUUAUUUUAACCUU